UCCUCGUUCCGACUAGCACAUGAACGCGGUAUUACCAUAGCUCAAUUUGAAAUAAAGAAUAUAUCUCGAGGAUUCCAGUUUAAUAUUACCAAAAACAGCAUAUUUGUUAAACAGUGUUGUUUUGUGAUCCCUGGUUUUCUUGCGUUCAGAGUGACGUUAACGAGAUUACCACCUUGAAACUCCUCCCAACAGUUCCGAUGUGAGCUCUCUCACCCACAUUUGAAGAGGAACUAAAAAGAUCUGACAGCACUUACUGCUCUCCAUCCACAUUCUCCUGGAUAGUCACUGGUUUUCAAUGUUCAGCCUGCUCUUUUGUUUCUGUGUUGAUUUGGACCAUACAUAUAUGGCGUAUGUGAGCGUCAGUGGAGACUUCUGCCAGGCACAGCACCUCGCCUUCGUGGACAAGUGAAUCGUCCGCUCCCCUCGGGACUACGCUACCCAGAAGCCCCCCUGAAGCCAGCACACUGGGAACCCCUGUCUUCUCCAACGUCCCCUGGGAUAUCGCGUAGUCCAAGGCCAAAUUGCCCAGCUCUGUCCCCUGAGCGGCCAAUAAGAAAACUGCCUAGUUCUCCUCUACUUCCUGCUUUCUCUCCCAGAAGCCAAUCACAUACCACUCUCCUGAAUGGGCCGUCUCGCCAACAUGAACCGCCCUGCAGCAGUGGAGAUUACCUACGAGGGCAUGAGGUUCCUCAUCACACACAACCCCACCAACGCCACGCUCAACAAGUUCACUGAGGAGCUGAAGAAGUGUGAGGUGAACACGCUGGUGAGAGUGUGUGACGCCACCUACGACAAGGCCCCAGUGGAGAAGGAGGGGAUUGAAGUUAUGGACUGGCCCUUUGAUGAUGGUGCCCCGCCCCCCACCAAGAUAGUGGACGACUGGUUAAACCUGCUUAAGACCAAGUUCAGGGGCGAGCCUGGCUGCUGUAUUGCAGUGCACUGUGUGGCGGGGCUGGGCCGAGCUCCAGUCCUGGUGGCCUUAGCGCUGAUUGAAACUGGGAUGAAGUAUGAGGAUGCAGUGCAGUUCAUACGACAGAAGAGACGUGGAGCGUUCAACUCCAAGCAGCUUCUUUACCUGGAGAAAUACAGGCCCAAGAUGCGUCUGCGGUUCAAGGAUGCCAACGGCCCCAACUGUUGCGUCCAGUAACGUGUCUGUGUGCAGCGUCUCAUCAAGAAUACAGAAGCUAGUGGGAACAACAUUAUUCCAACCAAGGGGAGAGAGAACUAUCAGUAAUUAUUGUGAUUUGUUAACACUGAGACAUGACUAAUUGAUCACAGAAUCAAUUAAUCAACGAGCGAAUGAUUAGAUUUGAAUGAAUGCAAAUCUAGGGGUCCAACCAGCCGAACCAAUGAACAAGAAGGUCAACGCACACAGAUAUAGGCCCGCCUCCAAGUUACCAGUGUCCUAUCACGGGCACAUAAUUUUUUCAACAUUUUUAUUUUCAGCUUUGAAUCAUGGGAUAGCUCUUUGUAUUUUUUUUUACACCUACAUGAAAGUUUAACAAACAAAAUCUACAAAUGUUAAAAUGGUAUCAAUAUUGCUGAUUUGUUUAUUUUUCUAUUAAUGAUAUGAAUUAUGGAUUUGCCCAGGGUUAUGUACCUUUUUUAAAUGUUUGUAAACCCUUCAGCACAUUAGAAGAAAAAGGAAAAAAUUACUGUCCAUUUGGCUAUUGAUGUAUUUUUGUACAACACAAAAUCUCCACUGAAAAUGCAGUAAUAUUUUUCUCUCUACCCCACUUGCUUGAUGUCACUUUUUAAUUACUGGGUUGGCUGCGUUUUAAAUAUGUCCGCUGUAUUUAUUCACUGGCUGUAACUAGCAAGGCAGUCUGGGGUUGGGGGCAAGGACACUUUUCUGUUUCUCAUUUUCAUUUUAUUCUAGAGCCAUGUUAUCAUUUUCUUUAAAAAAAAUUAAAUACAAUCUUGCGGGAGUGCAAUAUUCAGUCCACCUCGGAAAAGACCCCGAACCCCCUUAUGACCAUCACACACAGAGCCAGUUUCACAGGAAGACACUGGGCUCGUCUUAAUGUAGGUCCUUUUUUUCCAUUCACCAAGGCUGCUUACUGGGUUUACAAUAGGACUUUCCUACAAUGACCACACACACACACAAUGAUCUCAACUGUUAAUCCCUCGUCUCACUCUGAAGGAAAAGAGGUGGAAAAGAAAGCAAAUGGUCAGUUUCUUUUUUUUAUCAUCUUACCCAUUUUGAAGAUAUCCUCAAUUCCUAUUGGUUUUAAAAGAAAUAAAGAAAUGGAAAUAAGA